UCCCUGGUCAGGCUCAGACAGCUACCAUGAGCAGCUAAAAAGGAACUCCAAGUUCCUGUGUUUAGACCAGAGGAUGCACACUGAGCUGGUGGGCAGGCUGGUGCUGCAGCUCAACAGGACCAACCCUCAAAUACUUACUGACAAGGAGGCCCAGAGGUUCAGGAACCUGAGCGUGCCUACUGCGGCUGAGCUGCUGGUGUACUUACAGGGGAAGGGCGAGGAGGAGUUUCAUGAGUUUUACAGGGGGCUUCAGAUACUCACUGACAAGUUCUACUUUAACCUGACUACCAGAGUCAGCCGAAGAAGAGGUACUGCAAGGAGUGUGUUGUGUUUCUCUCUCUUCUUGCACUGGGCUAUUCUCUAUUGCUAUGGAGAGGGUAAUUUGAGUGGUACUGGUCCAUUUCUGAGCUUCUCAGUGCUGGGACUGGGCAGUGGGGCCAGUGAGGUUCUCUUAGCCAAUGCGAAGGACUGAUCCAGAAUACAAUAAGGUCAUAUUUGGGGAGAAAUGCUCAAUAAAUAUAUUUUGGGAAAAUGCUAAACAAAUCUCUUUGCAAUGCCAAACGUUCACCAGCAGGGGAAACCUUUUUUUAAAGGAUGUGUACAUACUUAGUAAGUGAAUUGUACUUUAACAGUACCCCUGAAUUUUUAAAUUGACAUUUGACCUAUUCACUAUAUAUGUGAGAGUCAGUGCCUCUACGUUCUGUGUCAUCUAGGCCUACUGGAUUUAAAAGCCAUCUUAAACACCACAGGAAAACAAAAUGCCCUGGUUAACUUAAUCUGAACCUUUAAAUCUAGCCACAUUUGAAAGUGAAAUUCCUAAACAUUUAGUUUGAAGGUCUACAGCUCAGAGCAAAUGUACGGCCUUUUUCAAAGGGAAUGGAUGAUUUCUCCACAUAUCAGGAUUAUAAGUGUGCAGACUGAACACCUCACUCGUCUGUUGUUUGAACGUUGUCACUGUUUUGUGUGACACUGAGUGUUUGGACGAAUCUCAAAUGACACCAUAUUCCAUUUAAAGUGCACUGUGUUGGUUUGACCAAGUUGAGACUAAGGCUUAUCUCAUGUAGUCCCACAUGGACACACAGCCACUGUCCUCACCAACACCUUCACUGUCACCGCUCACCGCCUUCUAAAACUGUGAUCAAUAAUCAACAGCUUGUUGACCGUCUCCAAGACAACCGUAUGCAUUACUACUGGCAUGUCUUCUCAUGUAGUUGUACUGAGAGUCUUGUUAAAUACUGAAAGCACUUAUGUCUUACCCCUUGGUACCAUAGAACUGAGGAAUAUCAACAUAAUAAACUGAAAACUUUGUUCAAGUCUCAUCUUGAGUUUUCUUUUGAUUGGCAGGGGUUAAAAAUACUGUACACCAGCAUAGGGUAAAAAAAAAAGAUGCAAACACAAGGAAGAAACA